UCGCUAACAUCGCACUGCAAUUCUCCAUCGUCCUCUGCCUCAUAUGGUGGUGGGCACCUCCUGACUUGCUUUCAAUUCAAUUCAUCAGCAGAGCAAGAACAUUAAAAUUUUACUAGUUUUUUAGCCAGAUUUUUUUUAAAACAGACAAAAUUUCUGGUACGGGGCUGCAGGUGUGGUUGCUAGCACCACGAAGACGAAUAGCAUAGUUAGUUAGCUGACUGCGGACGACAAAGUGGUGGCUGGGAAAAAAGAGUGACGGAAAAAGACGAAUCUAGUCAGUCGUGACGAACAUAAACCACUCAGAGAAAUUUUUGGAUUUUACUAGUUUUUAAGAAGGAUCUCGGCAACUUUUCACAUUUAUUCUUCAUAUCUCCCAUUCGUAUCAUUCAGUUAAGAAUCAUUGUACACAACACGCUUGGAAAUUAUUUUUACUGGCGAUAGCAGCUACACAUCUUCUGUUUUCGUCAGCAUUCUAAUUCUGACGUGUGGGUAGAAAUAUUGGAGCGAGUUUCUGAAAGUUAUGACGGAUUCUGCAGGAAUCAGCAGAACUGGUGACGGUGACGUUAGUCAAGGAGCGGGUAGCAUUCCAUCGACGAGUAGUGAGAGAGUAGUAGAAACCACAGGCAGGAAAAACAGUAGUUCUGUUGCCAUUAGCGGGGACGAUCAGGUAGCAGGACCAAGCUCAAGCAGCAAUCAGCAAGCUCCAACCGUUUCAACAACGUCCCGUGCUGCAACGCAACAACAAGCAUCCACCGUUGAGCGUCAAAACAGUACCAGCAGUACUCGUAGCGACGGUGGGGCUGGUGGGGAAAGAGAGCGCGGGCGAUUCCCAUUUCUGGAUUUCGACUCUGGGGCUGGACCUCGACACAUUCAAGCUCUGACAAUGUUUCAAGAAUGGGCAAGAAACAGCAUGGGAGCAAGCAUUCCAAUUUUGGGUUCCAGUAGCAGUGCAGCCAACACCGGAGGAGAUAAUUUUAACAUAAAUGAUCGCGCGAGGCAAUCGCAAGUACAGCGACAACCGAGUGAUACUCAGAUUUCAAUUCCGGGCGGAGGAGAAACGAUGCAACAGCCGCCGUUGCCAGCUCCAAUGUCAAAUCCAGCUCUCAGUUUGUCAUCUCGACUUGCCAGAGGGUUGCUUCAAUCAAAUUUCAGACGGAGAUCUGAUGAAAUUCCAGAGCCACCAGUGGUGAGCUACAACCAAGCCACGUCUACAGCUAUGGUGGGAAAUACCUCCUCAAGUCGUGAUCGAGAAGGUUUGACACUGGACAUUGAAAGCAAUGGAGGUGUGGGUGCUGCUAACUCAUCGACUUCUUGGGGGGAUAACAAUCAGAGUGGUGCUGGAGGGCACAACAACGUACCUGAUGAUGAUGAGUCUCGACGUGCAAGCGCUGAUGGUCAGUCAGGUGGUCGACGUGUUUCUCCAUCAGGAUCAACAACGCCCACCCGUGGAGGAGGAACAGGAGGAGGUUCUGCAGAAGGCACACCGACUGCUCCAGGAGAUAUUCUCAGAGAUAGUCCGGAGACACGAGCUUUCAUUGAAGAAAUUAACCACUACACAACACUGCGCCCGUUCUUGAUUCUAAUGUUGCUUAAGGUAUCUGUAUUUUUUGUGCAGAGUUUGGUAGACCAUGGAAGUGGGAUCGUUUGCUUCUUUGCUCUGAUCGUCACCUUCAGCCACGCCAAUUCACUGUUGAAAAAAGAAAUUUCAAAGCAGCGCAAGAGAAAUCUCUUGUUCCUGAUUAUGAUUGUAGUCAAUCUGAUUGGAUGUGCAGCCUUCAUCUACUAUGUCUUUAGUGAUGAAGAACUCUACUACGCACUUGGAUUUAUGAGUACAAAAGUGGACCUGACUAGUUUCUGGAUGUUGAUGUGGGUAGUAGGAGUCACGGAUUACAUUGCAAAGUUUGGUGCUAUCGUGGCCAAGUCAUUCAUAGUUGCAAUGCCCACUGCUCUGAUUCCGUUUCAAAAGAGGGGCAUCUACUAUCUCUUUAUUGAACAAACGUCACAAUUGUACCGAAGCGCAUUACCAGCCCACCAUUGGCUCCUCUAUUUGGUCAACUCGUACGAAGGGAGCAUGAAAAUGUUUGGAUUGAUUCUUGGGGGAUUGUAUGCGUUGUUCAAAUUGGUUGACAGUGUUCAACGGGUAAAGGAUUGGAAUACGGCAUUCCGAAAGUUGUUUCAAAAUGUGCACUACGGUACCAGCGUGACGGCCAAGGAAUUGGACAGUAUGGACUCUGUCAUUUGCCCCAUAUGUCAUGACAGUUUCACCUCUCCCACACGACUCUCAUGCUCACAUGUCUUUUGUGAGGAAUGUGUUUCUACUUGGUUUGAUCGCGGAAUGACUUGUCCCAUGUGCCGCGCCAAGGUUGUUGACGACCCUUCAUUCCGUGAUGGAACAACAGCUCAGUACAUUCAAUUUUUCUAAAAAUUUCCACUCCAUCAUCUUCUGUUAAAAUCAACCCAAAUCAACCAACCAACCAAACCAAUCAACCAAUUAUAUGCAAAUCGUCAACCAUCAUACAUGGAUCUUUAAUCUUCAAAAUCAUUCUUACUUUUCUAUUAUUUUGGUCAUUUAUUUACCUGGAUUAGAAUGUCAUUACCAAUAUCGAACAUUAGACUUUAAUCAUCAAAAUCAAGCUGUUAUAAUGCAAAAAACUAAGAUGCACCAAUAUAUAUGCUACCAUAACAUGCUUAAGCAUGGUGGAAAUGCAAAUGCAUCCCUCCGUACUAUUCAUUCAGAGUUACCCAUCUCCAUAUUUAAAAAAACUUAUGGACAGUUAUACGUCCUAGAAAUUACCUUUCUUUGAUAUUUAAUUCUAUAUACAGAUAUAUUUACAUUCAGCUUUUAAUACUACAUAAUUAUUCUAUAAGGAUUUCAGAUGGAUGACGUGAGUGUGUGCAUUCAGCCAAGUGAUAAAUAAUUAAAUCGAUUGCCGAUAUUGAAUCUUCUCAAACUGAUUUUUGAACUGAAUAUUACAUAGCAAUUAAGUAAAUGAUGUUAUAUCUCUUCUUAUCUUAUUUUUACUCUGAUGUAUCUGCCAUAAGAAGGGCCUCAUUUGUCGUUCGUUUUAUUUUUCUUUUUAAUUUAUUUUAAUUAAGAAAAAUUUCAAUAUUUUUUCGUAUGAAAGUAUUUGUACUCACGAUAAAGCGCGGCUACCAUUAUUAAUUAUAACCUGUCUUCUCAUAUAAGUCAGAUUCAAUUAAAUGAAAUCGUUUAAUAAACGCAGAUAUUAAUGAA